AUGUCCGCUUACUUUCUUCCAACGGAGCAAGGAAUUACGCUUUUCUUGGUUUACCUUUCUGCCAACGGAUUCCCUGUGGUUACGGCUACAUCUAUAACAAGCACACCGUGCGAGAUUGAUCUUUUGUUGAAUCCACCAUAUAGGCUUACUCACUCACUCGACGCCCUCCUUGAUCCAAACCUAAGACAACGCAACAAGCGUGACACAACACCGCCAAGACCUAAAAAUGCUUUUAUUAUAUUUAGAAAGGAUUUCGAAGGCCUAUUCCGCGCAUUGUAUCCCGACGAGUGCUACAGCAUUCAAACUAUUUCUAAAAUUGCCGGUGAAAUUUGGACAAGUCUACCGGAUGUUGUAAAACAAUAUUUCGAUGUGUUGGCAAAAUUGGCGCGUCAACGACAUAGAGACGCUUAUCCCGACUACGCUUACAAACCAAAGCAGAGGAGACGAGACAGGAGAGAUAAUUGGUUGUUCAAAGAGGUUAAUAAGGACAAGAUUAUGAAAUAA